AUGGCAAAGGGCGGCACGAGCCGGCCGGCCUGCGCCGCAUGCAAGCACCAGCGCCGCAAGUGCACGGCAGACUGCCCGCUCGCGCUGUACUUCCCGGCCGACCAGCCGAAGCAGUUCCAGAACGCGCACCGGCUGUUCGGGGUGAGCAACAUCCUCCGCAUCCUCAAGGAUCUCGACCCCGUCCAGAAGUCCGAGGCCAUGAAGUCCAUCCUGUAUGAGGCCAACGUCCGCGAGUACUUGCCCGACAUCGGCUGUGCCGGCCUCAUUGUCGACCUCCAGGUUAAGAUCUGCCAGCUGCGGGCCGAAAUCGAAAGGAUCAAUAGCCAGAUCGCCAUGUAUCAGAGCGAUCAGCAUCAGUACUACCACUCCUCCACCCACCUCCAGCUCGCCCCCUCCUCAUCGACGUCGCAGUCUCCCCUACCUCCUGCAAUUGAUAAUUUAAACGUGCGGAUCUCCCACGCUGAUUUACCAAACUAUGACGACAACAAUGAAAUGAAAUUUGCCGAUCCUAUGUGGGCAAAUCAAAUGUACACGAAUAACAUAACUGACGGAUACUUGGACAACACUGCAACAGGAGUUCAGCAACCGUUCGAAGCUGUGACCGAUACAAUUGAGCAACAAUAUGACGAGAUAUCACCAUAUUUUGAUACCAUAGAUGAAGAAAAAGCUUAUGAAUCAAGCUGUGGUUCAUCCACGGAACUGGUGCAACCGAUGAUGCAGAAGCAAUAUCAUGGCGUACAGAACGAUCUAAAAAGUGCGGCAGCUUAUCUCAAGCUCACCAGCCUCACCAACUGA